AUGUCUACUCAGCCCCGAGAAAAGUGUCAUUUCACGGCAGAACUUUAUCCAGUUUCUUAUGCGGGUCGUGUUUGCGUUUCCGCAGGUAGAACUCGAGAACUUGUCGACGUGGCCGUUACAAAAUGCGUCACCUUUUUCGAAGGGAUAUCAAGAUUAGUUGUUAAUCAAUAUGGGAGUUUCAUCUCGGCUCUCAUUCGUUUCGGGAUUCACUGGUUUUCAUCUCCAUCGAUUCAUGGGGCAUCCACGCGGCUUCAUAGCGAAGAGGAGGCAGCGUCACCAAGCUCCGAAGAGACGCCUUUGGAGGCAGCUAUCGCUCUGAAAAAUCGGGGCAAUCGCAACUUUAAAGCAGGGCGCUAUGAAAAAGCAGUGGAAUGUUACACAGAAGCACUGGAGCAGUGUCCACCCACUGCAGUGGAGGAACGGGCGACCUUUUUCCAGAACCGCGCAGCGGCUCGCGAGAAUCUACGCCAGUUAGAGGCGGCGGUGGAGGAUUGCAAUGCGGCACUGGAACUCGCGCCCACCUACCUGAAGGCACUGAAUCGACGCGCGCGCCUUUACGAACGGCUCAAUGACUUGUCUCGGUGGCUCUUCGACGUCACUGCGUGCUGUUUGCUAGAACGCUUCCAGAACAGUUUUUCUGAACCGCGCACAGCCGCCAUAAUAUUAGGUCUUGACCAUGGGAGCGGUGUGAAACCUCUCCUUCGGUCAAGCACCCUCUUCUUUCUCUCUGUUUAUCCCCAUCCACUUCUCACCAGCAAAGAACUUGAGCAAGAAAAUGUCCUGUGUAUGGAUCGCGUUCUCAAGCAGAUUGGCCAAAAGCUGGCCAAAGAGGAGCCCCCAAAGCUGCCACGAACUCUGCCCUCUCCCGAUUUCAUCAAAUUCUACUUCAGCUCUUGGGCCUAUAAUCCGUUCACCUUGGAAGCAAUGACGAUUGGAAAGAAGCCCUCAGCCAAUGCGGAGCAAGCAACAAAUGGACUUGAUGAAGCUGUGGAGGAGGAGAAGUCUGAGAAAGCUGAGGAAGUUUUCAAUCUGCCCCGGAAGUUAGCCUCGGCCUACGAGCAGUUAGAAAAGGCGUUCGAAAAACUCCACGCCGGUGAAUAUGAGGCGUCUUGGGAGUUAGUGGAGACUGCUGUGAAGGAUUUCAAUUCGGCGGCGACUGUUGAUUUGCACGCAUUUGAAAAGUCGAGAUUCGGUGAUCGGGAGAAACCCGAGUCCGCCCGCGCAAGGGCUCUCCUCCUGGAUACCACAUUUAAAGCACUUUCGGGAGAUGCAGAGGAGGCAAAAUCGCGAUUUCUCUCCAUCGGCGAAACCCUCUUUGCCCACCCCACCAUUCGGGUGAAUGCGCUAAUCAAAGCCGGCGCACUUUACAUGACCAUUGAUAAGGACCUCUCCGGGUGCAUGUACUGCUUCCAACAGGCUCAAACACUCAGUCCUGACUGUCCGGACGUCUAUCUUCAUCGCGGACAAAUUAAUCUUCUCGCGGAAAAUCUAGACGCCGCUGAAAAAGACCUCUGCGAGGCUGCGCAGUGGCUGUAUCUACUUUACCGAAAGAGUGAGAGUGAUGGAAAAAGUCAACGAGUGGAGGAGCUUGUAAAGCAGUUUCAAAAGUUGGUCGAGAAGUUCCCCAAUUGCGUGGAGACCCACUCCCUUUACGCCCAGAUUCUAACGGAAAGAGGAGAGUUUCAGAAGAGCGAUGAGGAGUUCGCCCGUAUUAUUGAACUCUCUCCAAAUUCGGGUUUGGCGUACUCGCAUCGGGGUCUUUUGCAAUUGCGUUGGAAGCAGGAUCAGGAUGCGGCGGAUGAGUGGUUCAGACGGGCAAUCGAUGUGGAUCCACGGUGCGAGUUGGCAUGGGAAUUGCGUGGCCAGUUGGCAAUGGAAAGAGGGGAAUUGGAGAAAGCCGAGGGGUACUUCCAACGUGCUUUGGAUGAGGCUCGCACAUCCCAAGACCGAGGCCAUUUGUUCGCACUUCGUGAGGGUGUCAGGGCUCAGAUCCAUGCUGCCAAAGUAUACGGCAUCUCAAUUGCCAGUCUCUUUGCCGAUUUGAAGGGCGAUUUUCAACAGAAAAUUGCUGCAGCUGGGGGACUCCCUGUGUCUGUUUAG